GAAGACGUAAUUCUUCUGCAGCACGUAGCUCGCUACGGCACCAAGCAUUGGGGCUCUCUUCAAUCCAGCUCAACCUUGCCUCACCGCGAUCAGAAGGCGUGUUGUAACCGAUUUAUUCUUCUGAAGAGGAAAUUCUUCCAGGCUCGAGCCAAGGGUCAGAACCUGCAGACCAUCUUUCCUUACAUCAACGUCAACUCCCAGCCUCAAAGCCCCUCGGCGACGGUGGCCUCGUCGAUGCUUCACGCUCCCGCAUCCCUCUCUUCCACGGAAAUCGCUCUCCGCGUGAACGCCUCGUCUCGCGUAAUCUCCAAGCGCGCCGCAGCGCCUUCGCUUUCGAAGCCUGCUGUCCUUCAGUCCGCUCUCACCACUGUUAAAGAUCAAGCCGCAAAUGGCGGUGGCUCCGUGUGGAUGCCGAACCUCGUCGACGCGCAGCGCUCUCCGGCUGUUUCAGAUCCCUCGGCUCCUCUCAGCGCAUCUCACGGCGUGCUGUCCGUCCAGCAGCAGCAGCAGCAACUGCAGCAGCUGCUCGUCACGAUCGGCCAAUCAGCGAACGCCGUGAGCCAAGCCACGAUGCAGUUCGUCAACGCCACGUCGUCCGUCAACCCUACUUCAUUUCCCGCCAGCCACGUCAGCCAUCAGCAGGCUCAGUCCGCAGCUUCCAAUUCCGGCGCGGGCCAGCAGAGCGCAGCAGACGCGGUGGUGAACAUGAUUCUGCGCAAACUCGCCGGCGACGCGUCUGGCUUCGCGAAGCAUCCAGUCGCCAGCGCAGCGGCGGCCAGCCCCGCUUCGUCCAAAUCGGACGUCUCCGUCGAGCCCGCCUCCGCUGCUGCUCCCUCCGCUCCCCUGCUCGACGCCUCGUCCCGCCCCUCGUCCGCCCCCCCUCGCCGUCCGACUCUCCUCUCCGCGCCGGAGCGCGGGCCGUCCGCCGUCGUGCCGUCAUCCGCGGGCUCUGUCCCCGCGGACUCCGGCGUGAGUCUGCAGCAGUUGGUGCCGGGAUCGUCGGAGGAGACGGAGAGCGACGACGACAUGCUGCUGGCGUACCUGUACGCGCAGGGCCACGCGCACGCCACGGUGCCGGAGGUACAUGGGAAGGAGACAAGGGCGGACGGCGCAGUGGGGGAGGUCGAGAAGCAACAGGAGCAGCAGGUGCAGCAGGUGCAGAGGCAGGGGGAGGUGAUGGCAAUGGAUGGAGCAGCGGACAUGUCGCUGCUGCUGCAGCUGCACGAUGAGGUGAUGGCUCUCGAGAAGCUCGUUGCUGCUGGCGCGUCCUCCGCGCCCGCUGCUGCUGCUUCGCCUAGCACCGACCUCAUCGCAGCCCCUACGUCAGCCCUGGCGCCCCUCCCUCCGCGCGCUGUGAACGCGUCCUUCUCCUGUGCUGCUGCGGCGUCGGUUGCAGCUGUCCCUCUCCCCAGGAGCACCUCCCAGCGCCCUGACGCGUUUCUGGAGCAGAUGUCGAGUGCGCCCGCGCGUAUGCUGUUUGGGUUCAGCCCUGUGUAUGACCUCAUGGCGCCUGGCGCUUCCUGGAACGCUCAUGCUGCUGCUGCUGGUGCCGCUGCCAUACCUGCUGCUGGUGAUGCGGCUGGAUGGGACUUGAAGGAGCUGAUUGAUGCGUGGGCGGUCAACCUCGGUGCCUCUGCUGCCUUCUUGGCGUGA